AUGUCUUACCACCGAGCCUCGUCACCUGGGAGUCGUCGUCUGGCUCACCCAGCACGCCUGUCCGACGGCUACUAUCCUCCUCCCACCUCUGCCGCCUACGCUUCGCCUAGGUCCAGUGGUGAGCGAGUUGUGCCCAUCUCGACAACCACUUUCGUUACACGCGACGUCUACUCGGGCAGACCCCGUCGCUCCACCCUGACCGACCCCUCACGCCCUAUUACAACUUCCUCGACCGCCAAUACCACUCUCCCCAUCCACUCACGCAGCCGCCCUGCUGUCAUUCAAUCAUCGCACGAUCGUCCCCAUAGUCCCUCGACCUCGCAUGGCUAUUCUACAUCCACUCGCACUCCUGACUAUUAUGCCGUCCCUGCUACCUCGCAUAGAGAUCACUCGCACAAGAAGGUGUAUAGUAUCGAUGGCGGCGGCAAGUCACGUCUCGUUGCCGACAUAGACAUCAACACGAGUCAUGGCAGCUCCCACAGGCGUCACAGUGUUGAUCGCAACUCCGACCGCCAUUCUUCGUCACACCACCGACACAAGGGUUAUCAUCUGAGCGGCUCCUCGACCAGAAAGACCGAGAAUGACCAAGGCUUUUCAUACACGGACCCCGCUGCCAUGUAUAGGGACACCGAGCCCCGCUGGCGACACCGUGCUGGUAGCGUCGAAGCAACUCGGCCUAGACCGACCAGUGCACUAAUCGAACAAUACCCUGCUCGCUCGUCGGCCAGAGACCUUGGUCCGCCUACAUCACGAGCCCUCGACAAGUUCAACGACGGCGCUGGUCGCAUCAACAGCACACGAGAACCUCCACGAUCUUCCAACAGGCUGUCUUACCAAGAACCACAGUACAACGACGGUUAUACUUCGUCCUCCGGUCGUCACACCACUGCUGUGCAUCAAGAUCGUUCUCGCGAUGCCUAUUCAAGAGAAGCUGAGCGCGCUCGCCCGAUGCAUCGUUACGAAGAUCGCAGUGUUGAGCGCCGCGGUUUUGGAAUUCGCAGUGGCAGUCAGGACAGAUACAACCACAACAUGAACAGAGGCAGCAGUGAAAGCUUCGAUGCUUACUACUCGGACCGCGACCGUGACCUCGCCCCUCCUCGCAGCGAUCCCCGUGCUUACGAUUAUUCAAGAGAAUCUGAUCGCGAACGAGAGUACCGUCAAAGAGACAAGGAUCGAUUGCGAGACGAUGGCUAUGCUUCAGAGAGAGAUCGACAUCACGAAAGAGAACGGAGAGAUCACAAUCGCAGAGACCGUGAUAGAGACGUCACACCGAGAGGUAGUGGUGACAGUCUCACAAACACGAUCUUACCCGCUGCCGCUACUGCUGCCAUCGGUAGUCUUGGUGCUAUGGCUGCUGCUGCUUACGGAUCGGACACCGCCGCUAAGAGUCGAGAUCGCGAUUACGAAGAACGAGACCGCGAGAGAGAUAGGGAGCGAGAAAGGGACAGAGAACGCGAACAGCGCGAACGUGAGCAACAGUACGAGCGAAAACAGCGCGAGCGCGAGAGGGACUUCCGAGACCGAGAGCGCGACAGGCGUGAGUAUGAGAGGGAACGUGACCGAGAAGUCGAAAGAGAAGGCGAGAAAGAACGAGAGAGGAAUGAAGACCGCGAGACACGGACCCGUGAAAGGCCCAGAGACAGGGACCGGGACAGACUCAGGCAUUCUUCGUCGUCUGAAAGCGGUCAAGAUAAGCACCGAAGCUCAAGACGACACCGCACACUUGGAGCUGAUGGAUCUCCUCCGCAAGAGAAAGAUAUUAGACAUGGGGCUGAUGAACGACAACGCGCUCCCGAGUCUGACCACGGAUACCCGCCCGACGAUCUUCAACGCGUUCCUGAACGCGAACGCUCUGCUCCUGCCAAGCCAGCAGAGGUUGACGCUGACGAAGAUUAUCGUCGCCGUAUUGAGCAAGCACAAAGAGACCUGCAGGGCUCGCAUGAUCAUGCAGACUCAGACAGAGAUAGACACAUGAACGAACCAGAGCUUGGUGCCAGCAGAGUCGCUCCCCCUACUACAACAACUGCUCUUGACCAUCCCGAGGGCACAAGUAGAGAGAACCGGGUACGCAUCGUCGAACCUCCAUCGGACAGGGAAGACUCUCAGCCGAUUAAGGGGAUUCUCAAAAGACCCACGCAAAAAUUUCCCGAGGAUCCAAACCCGGUGCGUGAAGGUGUCAAACCACUGAACCAGCCUACCAAAGAAGGGAUCCCUGCAAACGCCCGCUGGACAAAAAUCGAUCGCCGCCUUGUCAACCCACAAGCUCUUGAAGAAGCGCAGGAACGUUUCGAAGAGCGUUUGGAUUGUGUAAUUGUACUUCGAGUCUUGACCAAAGACGAGAUACAAAAGCUGGCCGAUAGAACAUUGGAGAUCAGAGAAGCCCGCCCAUAUGACGAUGAAGAUCGUGAACGCCGUGAGCGGCGUGAGCACCGCCGUCGCGAACGUGAACGAGACGAAUACGAAGAUGAUGAUAGCGAAGAUGAAUAUGCUCCUCGAGCACCGCGCAUGCUUGAAGCUCCAGCCGAAGGGCAGGAACCUACGGCAGACUUUGUGCGUGACCGGGAACGACGUAGAGAGCGCGAGCAGGAACCCGCUUAUGCUUCUCGUGGGAUCUAG